AUGAUAAGUUUAUCUAAUGCGCCGUCUCUUUCUAGCUAUAUCUUCCAUCCUGGUGAGGCUUCCGUUUUGGGUCUAAGAUGGGACGCACUGUCGGAUCAGUURUACUUUCGCGUCGAUCUUCGUCAAAGAGGAGAGAUACCCACGAAGCGCCGUGUACUCAGCGAGGUGGCACGACUCUUUGAUCCUACUGGUUCGUUAUCGCCUGUUAUCGUAACCGGGAAAAUAUUAAUUCAGAGACUGUGGGCUGCUGGUCUAUCUUGGGACUCACCAUUACCUGACGACCUUUGCCGCGAAUGGCUGAAGUAUCGGUYACAGCUUGCGGAGCUGAAUCAGAUUCGAAUUGAGCGGUGGAUGGGCAUGAUUCCACGCGUUGAAACAUCAUUYCACGAGUUUUGCGAUGCCAGCUCACACGCGUAUGCAGCCGUCGACACAGAUGGUUCUGUACGUUUCACUCUUCUGACGGCACGUACCAGGGUUGCACCACUCAAGACUGUUACUAUACCACGCUUGGAACUUGCGGCAGCGCUACUUCUUGCCGAAACAUUCCAAAACGCGCGRGAUUCUUUGAGACUAGAUGACGUUCCCUACUAUCUAUGGUCGGACUCAGCUAUCGUAUUGUGUUGGUUGAGAAAGGAUCCAUCAACACUAAAACCAUUCCUAUCAAAUCGUGUUCGUAGAAUACAAGAACUGACAUCCCCCACACGAUGGCAUCACAUUCGUUCGGCGCAUAACCCAGCUGAUUGCGCCARUAGAGGUAUCACACCUGGCGAGCUAUUAGUUCAUCCACUUUGGUGGCAUGGACCUAAGGAGACAGACAUGAUUUAUUUGGGAAACCGUGAUGUCCCUCUCAUCAAAGAUGAGUCCGAUAUAUUACUCGCCGAAACCCGAAGAACGCACCAAUUGAUUGCACUCGUGUCACAUYCGUUAUAUACUCGUCGUCCAAACGGGCACGCUAUUCUAUUAACUGAUCGGUUCAGUAAUAUCACUCGAUUGUUGGGAACGGUGGCCAUUAUCCUACGUUGGUUGAGAAACCGUCGACACCUCCGGCAACCGGUUAUCAGUGCUCCAGAACUGGACGACGCACUGUACGCUAUAAUCCGUUUAGAGCAAGAGGAACAUUUUGCAGAUGAAAUCCGUCAAUUAAAGUCUAGUUCAGGUUUGGCAUCUUCCAGUCGAAUAAUGCCUUUAAAUCCAUUUAUAGGUAAGAACCGAAUCCUACGUGUUGGAGGACGCAUUCACACGGCCGAACUAGGACAUGRUCAACGAUUCCCUAUUAUUUUGCCAAAAUCGACGACGUUGGUCAAGCUYUUACUACAUCAGGCACAUGAAUCUACACUGCAUGGAGGAACACAACUCAUGCUACACACUCUUCGUCGCCGCUUCUGGAUUCUGAGUUCCAGGCAAGCAGUCAAAGGUUUCAUCCAUAACUGUGUAGUGURUCGGCGUCACAGAGGGGAAGUCCUGAAGCAACAAAUGGCUUCCUUACCCGGGCAGAGGGUUAGAGCCGCGAGACCAUUCAUUUCCUCGGGUGUAGAUCACUGUGGACCUUUUACAUUGCGAAUCGGAACGAAACGCUCUCGAACGCUUAUCAAAACGUAUCUCGCAAUUUUCGUUUGUAUGGCCACCAAGGCUGUACACAUUGAGGUGGUUGAUGAUCUAUCGGCACAAGCAUUUUUAGAUGCCUUCACUCGUUUCGUCAGCCGGCGCGGUCCCUGUCGGGAUUUAUAUAGUGAUAACGGUACAGCGUUUGUUGGUGCCAACCGACUCUUGAAGGAAGACCUCGCAGCGUGGCAGAGUGAGAAUAAUCCGCAAUCGCUCGCCAAUUCAGGCACGAAAUGGCAUUUCAUUACACCCAGUGCGCCACAUCAAGGAGGCCUCUGUGAGGCGGCAGUGAAGUCCGCUAAGCACCAUUUGAUACGCUGCGUAGGUGCGCAGGUCAUGUGGUACAGUCAACUGCAGACGUUGGCUGUAARAAUAGAAGCCUGCCUCAACUCCCGUCCUAUUACACCACUUUAUGACGACCCUGAGGAGAAACUUGCGUUAACGCCUGGGGAUUUCCUAAUUGGGUCUCUGCUACUGGCGGUUCCCGAACCAGAUAUCAAACAUAUCCCUAGCAACCGACUGAAGCAAUGGCAAUGGAUACGUCAAAUASAGCAGAUAUUUUGGCAUCGAUGGAGUGAGGAGUAUCUCACCAUUCUGCAGAGACGAAACAGAUGGCUUCGGCGCACAACGAAUCUAAGGGUGGAUGAUAUCGUCCUAGUCAAACAAGAGAACCUGCUUCCAACCCACUGGUGCCUGGGUCGAGUGACAACAGUACAUCCCGGAGCUGAUGGUGUGGUCCGCAAUGUCACUUUGAAAACCGCUAAAGGAUACAUGAAACGAGCCGUCCAGAAACUAUGUCUGUUGCUUGAGAAGGAGGAUUUGGAGUCGACCGACUCGACCGGGCAGGAUGUUUAG